AUGGCCACCAUCAGCCAGCUCCUUGCCAGCGCACUGGGGCUGCUGCUGUGCGUGCAGCUCUGCAGGGGCACCGGGGAGCUGCGACUGGUUGACGGAGGCAGCCGCUGUGCCGGCCGGGUGGAGGUGAAGCACGAGGGCCAGUGGGGCACCGUGUGCAGCUAUGACUUCAUCUGGGAUGUCCGUGGGGCCUCCGUGGUCUGCAGGCAGCUGGGAUGUGGCACCGUGGCAAGGACUUCCCCAUACAUGCCGUUCGGGGCAGGGGCUGGCCGGAUUUGGCUGCAACCUUUUCUAUGUCGUGGCAGUGAGACAGCACUCCACCACUGUCCCCACUACGGCUGGGGCCAGCACUACUGUGGCCAUGACACAGAUGUUGGGGUGACGUGCUCAGAUGCUGUGGAGCUCAGGCUGGUGAAUGGAGGUGGUCCCUGUGCAGGCAGAGUGGAGGUGAAGCUGCGGGGCCAGUGGGGAACGGUGGCAGAUGACGUAUGGGACAUGGAGGAUGCCGAGGUGGUGUGUCAGCAGCUGGGCUGUGGCUCGGCCAAAAGCGCCCAUGACUCGACCCACUUUGGGGGAGGGUCUGGACCUACUCAACUGGCUCUUGUGGACUGUCGCGGGGAUGAGUCUGCACUCUGGGAAUGCACUGUCCCGGGAUGGGGGCCAUACCCUGGCCCCCAUGACUGGGAUGUUGGUGUGGUCUGCCAAGGGUUUGUGCGGCUGGUUGGCGGGGACUGCACCUGCUUGGGCCGCGUGGAGGUCAGGCAGGGCCGAGCCUGGGCCACCCUCUGCAAGGCCCACGUGGACCUCAACACCGCCCAUGUCAUCUGCAAGGAGCUGGGUUGCGGAGCAGCUCUGGCCAUCACUGGGGCAGCACGCUUUGGGGCAGGAGCUGGGCCCAUCUGGGACGGGGGCUUUGAGUGUGCAGGCAACGAAUCCCUCCUGUCUGCCUGCACCCGAAGGCUGCCCCAUGGCCAGGGCUGCACCCACGCCAGCGAUGCUGCCGUCAUCUGCUCCUCCUACACGGGCUUCAGGCUGGUGAACGGCAGCACAGAGUGCACAGGGCAGGUGGAGCUGGAGGCACGCGGCACCUGGGGCUCCCUCUGCGAUGCCGGCUGGGACAUGCCCGACGCCCAGGUGCUCUGCCACCACCUCGGCUGCGGCUUUGCCACCUCCGUGCCCCGUGGAGGGUGUUUUGGGACAGGGAGCGGCCCGCUGUGGCAGGACACAUUUCACUGCAGUGGGACCAAGUCCCACCUGGGAGAGUGCCCUGCCACGGUGCUGGGGAUCCCUGCCUGCUCACCGGACCACGCUGCCGCAGUCAAUUGCUCAGGUGGCACUGAACCCCUGUGGCUGGUGGAUGGGGAGAGCCGCUGCGACGGACACCUGGAGGUGGCCCUCGGUGGGGCCUGGGGCCGAGUCCUGCCACAGCAGUGGGAUGCCAGCAGUGCAAGCGUGGUGUGCCGGCAGCUCCAGUGCGGCAUGGUGCAGAAGGCCUAUGCUGCCCCAGUGCUGGGGCCAGGCUCGAGCCCCCUGGGGCUGAGCGGGCUCCGGUGUGUGGGCACGGAGGCUCGCCUGGCCCAGUGCAACUCCACGCUGCCCAGCGCCGCGCCGCCGGACCACGCCGAGGAAGCGGCAGUUGUGUGCUCAGGGAGCCAGCGCGUGCGGCUGGUGAGUGGCCCUGGGCGCUGUGCUGGGAGAGUGGAGGUCUACGUGCAGGGGACCUGGAGCCGCGUCUGCGAGGACACCUGGGACCUGUGGGACGCCGCUGUCGUCUGCCACCAGUUGGGCUGCGGCGAGGUCCUGGCAGUGCCCGGCUCGGCCCGCUACGGCCGGGGCUCGGGGCCGGUGUGGCUGGGUGCUGGCGCCUGCUCCGGGGCCGAGGCGACACUCUGGGACUGCCCAGCCCCGGCACCAGCCCCAGCCCUGGCCCCAGGGCAGCGUGGCUGUAAGGAGGGUGCUGGUGCGGCAGCCAUCUGCUCAGAGCUCACAGCCCUGCGGCUGGCAGGCGGCAGCAGCUGCACCGGGCGCCUGGAGGUCUUCUACAACGGGACGUGGGGCAGUGUGUGCGCCAACGGCACCAGCCCUGCCACAGCCGCUGUGGUGUGCCAGCAGCUGGGCUGUGGGGCUGGGGGCCGGCUGUCACCUACACCCACAACCACACAGGGCUCAGGCCCCGCGUGGCUGGCCUGGGUGCAGUGCGAGCUGGGGGCCGACUCCCUCUGGCACUGCCCCUCGGCACCCUGGCAGCUGCAGCCCUGUGACUCCCCUGGGGACACCCACAUCUUGUGCGACGGGGAGCCUGGAGGUGCUCACAGGACCCACACGGCAGGGGCUGGAUCCAUGCCAGUGCCCACCAUGCUCUGCAUCGUCCUGGGCACCCUGCUCUGCCUGGCCGCGGGGACCCUCACUGUGCAGGCAUGGCGUGCCAUGGCUCAGCACAGAGGCCCUGGCAGAGCCACGGAUGCAAUCUCUGAGGCCGUCUAUGAGGAGCUCGACUACACCCUGACACCGGAGUACCAGGAGACAACCCUGCCCAGGCACGACCUCCCAGAUGGGUACAAUGAUGCCGCGGCCACGCUGCGCCCUGGAGUGGCCCCUGCUCAGGGGCCGAGCAAGGAAGGUGUCUCCGAGGCAGUGGGGCUGGGAGUGGGGAGCCCACCCUCGCUGAGCCACCUGGAGCUGCCGGGAGCUGUGACAAACGCCCUAGCCUCAGCGCCUGGGGACAUGGGCUACGGCGACGUUGGCGUCAGCAGCCCCGGGACAUCGCUACACCCCUGCACUGCUCUGGCACAACCCUCCCCAAACGGGUACGGUGAUGCUGCGGCCGUGGUGUACUCAGGAGAGGCCACUGCUCCGGGACUGAGCAACGGAGAUGUCUCCGAGCCGGCGGCACUGGGAGAGACUGCCACAGAGCAAGUGCUGCUCUGCGGAAAGAGCCAAGCAUUGGCAGUGAGGCCCGAUGCAGCACUGGUGGAGCAGCUGAUAGGCUUCCUCUCCUCGCUGGAGGUUUCCCUUGCUACUGUCGAGCUCCCUCGGAAGGGCAGCACAGCACUCUGGGGUAUCAGCCACUCCUCCUGGUUUUUGAUCAUCAGCACACUUGCUGUGGGUGCACUCUGUCCCUUCGUCCACGUCACUGAGGAAGAAGAUGAACAGUACUGCACCCAGCAGGGACCCCUGGCAGACACCGCUAGCUUGCUAGCUACAGGCCUCCAACGAGACUUUGUGCUGCUCAUCACAACUCUCUGA